CAUCUUCUCUCUUCACGCUUCCCCGUCUUCCUCGGAUGACGAGUGCUAGCUAAGGUAUCACCGUUACGUACAAACCAUUGUUCAAUAACAAACUUUUUAAGAAUUUCUAGAUUUGUCUAGUUAAGGACGUCCAAAUCCAGAUUAUCUAAGUUAUUUGAUUUUCAGCCACCUGAGAGGCUUACGUACGUUUGUUAUGGUUCUUAAAUACUUUAGAGGCGCACCAAAAAAAUUGUUUCUUUGGUUUAAUUUCCAACAAUAAUUUUAAAAAAAAUAAAUACAUAUACUGUAUUUGAAAAUUUGUUUAUUCAUUAAUCAUAUCUAUUAAUAGAUAUGACUUUUUCUCCGAAAACAAAAAAAAAACUAUCAGUAUGACUUUUUGUGUUUCUUUGUCGAGGUACGUAAAAAAAUGCUUUGUCGAGGCCUCGGUUAACAACAUACUAUGAUCUAGAAAAAUCUAGCUAAACAAAAUCGCAGUGAAACAAUAUAAUCUAGUGACAUAAAUAUUCGAAGCAAUCUUAUUCAUUAACUAGUUUUUUCCCCUUAAUUUUGUGAGCUAAUUAUUUUUUCUUUUGUGUGAGAUUAUCUUUUAGGUAGUUUACAACAAAAACUCUUACACACGUUCUAAAUUUUGUGAAUUUUUAUUUAUUUGUCUCUCACACAAAAACAAAACUUCUUAAUAAUAUAUCCAUUUGGUUUCAGAUCCCGCUUAAUUUUAGCCCACGCGGGAAUAAAUUAUUAUUUUCCUAUAAAGUAUCUACAACUAAAUAAAUCUCAGUAUGAGAAACUGCUGGGCAAUCUAAGAGAAUCUGAAGGUGACGUAAACUGGUUUUGUAAAUCUAAUGUUUACAUAUUCUGCAAAUCGGUUUCUCUAGUGCUAACUUGUUUUCUUUUCUAUUUUUUAACCUAGUUUAGGAUCGAUCAUGGAUUUCGUGGAUUCAGAGACACAACCACCUGAUGAUUUACCACAGCUGGAAACUGAUUACAACAUGCCUCCUCCACUUGCUCCAGAAUGUAAAAGCUACAAAUGGAAAAUAGAAGUCAUUGGUCAAUUAAGCACUGAUGUGCGAUUGCUACCCAUUGACUACGCCGAUUGGAGGUUGGUUAGUUCUAAUAUAAAAGAAAAAGCAUGGGAAUUAGUUCAGUCCAAAUUCAAAUUUGAUGAUCCUAUGAUGAGAAAAGCAUAUGUAAUGAGUGCACUAGGUAGUCGAUGCAAGGAUGUCAAAUUACGUCUUUGGAAAGAACACAAAAAAAGUAAUCUGAUUGAAACGUUGAGGAAUCGACCCGAGAAAAUUCCUGAAAAUCAAUGGUCUCAUUUCGUUCACAAGAGGUUCACUGAAAAGUGGAAGAAAAUGCAAGAGCGGAAUACAAGGAGCCAAAAAAACAAUACCAUGCCUCACUUAUGUGGAAGAAAGAGUUUUUCAAGAAAAAGAAAUGAGAUUAAAGUCAAGAUCGGAAAAACACCAUGUCGAGCCGAAUUUUUCAUUGAGACUCGCAAGAAACCUGAUGGAACCUUUGUGUCUGAGGAGGCGAAAAUACGCGCUGUUACACUUACCACGUUGAUGGAGCAAAAUCCGCAAGUCCCGAGCAAUGUUACUGCUAGAUUGGAUGAUGAAUAUGCUCAAGUGUUUGGUCUAGAGUCUUCAGGACGAGUUCGUUGUGUUGGCCGUGGACCCACACCUUCAAAAUUAGUGAGACACUCGACGGCUGCAACUACACAAGAGAUAGAGAAUUCUGAAACAGUUACCCAGCUGAGGACACAAUUGAAAGUUUUAGCAGAUCAGGUUAAGGCAAUGUCUACAUUCGUUGGACAAAUACUUGGUAAUUCAACUGGCGAACAGGCAACUGCAUGGGCUGUAAAUUUUGCAACAGCUUUUGCGAACAUACCAAAUCCAGCCUUUGUAAACAUUCCAAAUCCACCGAAUCCUCGGAUAAUUUAUUUGCAUAUUACUCUCUUUGAUAUCAGAUAUUUAGAUAAUAAACUAAUGGAUUGA